UAAAGGGAAAAAUGUCUAAGAAAUCAAAUCGUUCAAAUCCAUCUAAAGCAUCAACGAAAUUGCAGGGAUUCGUACCGGAGAAUAGUGAAGUAAAAAAUGGAAAUGCAAAAUUUGGGUUCCGGAAUGGUGAUAUUUACGAGGGUGAAUUUGGAAUUGAAAAUGGCAAAAAUAUUUUUAAACAAGGACAUGGAGUUUACGUAACGGAUAAUUUUGACGUUUACACAGCCCAGUGGGAUCGAGACUAUAUUUCUACUGACCUUCAUAUACAGUAUAAUAAUGGAAUGCAGUACAAAGGUGGGAUAAACGUGAAUGGAGAAAUGAAUGGCCUUGGAACCUAUAUUUUCCCAGAUUCAUCAUCAGUGGAAGGAACAUGGAAUAAAAAUAAGCCAAUAGUAAAUACAAAUUUUGUAGAACCAUUGGGGUAUAAAUGGAAGGGCCUUAAUUCAGAUAUUGAAAAGGAAAUAUUAUUUAUACCAGGAAAUCAUUUUUGGAAAGAGUUAUAUGGAGCUGAGAACAAAAAUGAGGAUGAAAUUAUUUUAAAUGAAGAUGUUUCGAUUCAACGAAUCAACUCAAAAAUAAGUUUUAAGAGUAAAAAACGAUUAACUUCUAAAAAAUAACUAUAAAUGAUUUUAAUAAGAUCUCGAUUUUUCUCACAUUUAUAGGAUAUCUUAAAUUAUCUGUAUAUGGAAAGGUGGAAAUUUCAGAAGAAUCUAUUAAAUGUGAGAAAUCGACCACCUUGAAAUAAACGAAAAAUCAUGGGAGAAUAUGAACAAUUGUGAAUUAACGAUCAUUUCUGGUGGGCCAUUUUAACCAAUGGAAACCUUCGUUGACGCCUAGAGGACCUACGUACGGUAAAAACUUCUUGAAAGAGUUCGUGAUGUUAUCUGCAUUGUUACGUCAGAUUUUCCUUGCCUUUUGAAUACAAAAGUUCCUUUUCUCAAGUUCGCCACUGGCCUAGGAAGCCAUAUUAUAAUC